AAACUUAAAAGAUUAAGUUUAACUGAAGAUUCAACGGAAGAUUCAAUGGAAGACCCAACGGAAGAGCAAAUACAUAAAAUGGGAGAGGAGCAAAUUUCUGAUAAAGAAGUUGAGAAUGUCUCUACCGAGAAUACACCAAAAAAGGAGCAGACAGUAUCUCCACCAUUUUUACCUUUGUAUAUCAAGAGAUGUUGCAUAACAAAACUUGAAUCUACUAUAUUUGAUUAUUCAUGGACAAUUGAAGAGUAUGAGAGUUAUUCUACGAUCAAAGAUAUGAUUUCGUCGUUUCCAGAAAUAGGUCAAUGCGAGAUUCUGAUGAAUGUUUUACGUGAUAAUAGUAGUUCAUCGAUUAAGGGAAUAAAAUUGAAUAUACUUACUAAUAAUUCAUUUCAUGGUUCAUGUGAGACUACUAUAAAGCGAUCGUCUGGAGAAUAUAUAUUCUCAAAGUUUAUUUCAGGUCAUAUAUCAAAUAUGACAUUGUUAAUUGAGUUCUUGACACAGGACAUUGAUCUUGGAAAUUCUCUUAUAAUAAAUUGCAAGUUUGAAAUUUUUUGUAAGCUGAUAAAUAACAUUAUACAUAUGGAUUUACUGCCGUCGUCAACAAAACUUUCAAAAAAUGUGACAUAUUUUAAAGACCCAAGCUUUGACAUGUUCGAGUAUAAAAAUGAGGAAUCAAUCAAAUUUAUAAUAGGAGGAAAACCACAUGUUAUAUCAAAAAAAUCGUUGUGCGCCACCAAUAGUAGUUACUUUAAGAAUAUCUGCUUUACACAGGAAAUAGAAAAAGAUAUGACAAAUGAAUUAGUAACGGAUAAGGAAAAACGAUCUUUUUAUCAGAUUUUAUUAUAUAUUGCAACUGGCUCAAUAGAACAAUGUGAUUAUGAUAUGCUUAAACAAUUGUUAACAGCAGCUGAUAAGUAUGAUGUACAAAGUUUAAAAUCGACGUGUGAACAUUAUUUGCUACACGUUAUUUCCAUUUACAAUGCUAUGGACCUUAUAGAGCUUGCGUUGUUGUCCAAUGCAAAAUUUUUGGAAACACAUUCGGCAACUUUUAUUAAAAUUCACAUAGAAGUGAUUAAGAAUACUAAACAAUAUCGAGAUCUACCACAAGAGAAUUUAAUUAAGAUAAUGGAAUUGAUUGAGAAAAGUAAAUUACCUGAAGUCAGUAUUCAUCUUUCUUUGUUACCGUUUAAGGCAGAUAGGGAACUUACAUUUGCAAAUAUUGGAGUGUAAUAUUGCAUGUAAUAUUGCAGUCGUAAAUUCAUAGAAUAUGAUAAAAAUAUUUUUCUUAUUUAAUUAGUAUAUUUUUUCUUUGCUAUAUAUUCUAGCUUUUAACUUUUAUACUGAGUGUUUCUGAAAGAGCGCCCAUUAAUUACAUAGCGUUAUUUUUUGUCAAAAAUUGAGUCAAAGAAAUCUGAACUAUUUUUUUCUGUAGUGCAUAAUUCUAAUGCAUAAUCUAUACAGCAGUAAUUAUUGACUAAAGUCAAUUCAAUUUGCACCAUUCUUUACCCGGACGUACGCUCAAUGACGUACUGAUUUAGAAUUUUUCAACUCAAUUUUUGAUAAGAAAUAGCACCAUGUAAUUAUUGGGUAUUCUUUAAGAAACAUCUUGUACUUGUGAGAAUUUAUAUUCAGAUAAGUACUAAUACAAAUUAAAAAUAAUUCUUGAUUUGAGUUUAGAUGUACGAAUAAAACUUUACACUUAAUGUAGUUUAAUUAAAAGUUUUUAGUUAUGAGUUUUCUCAAGUCUACGAGUUGAUUUAAAACAAAAGGAAAUAAGAAUUCUUACAAACCUAUGUUAUAUGUAAAUAUUUCAUUUAUUUUUAUCAGUACUGUAUGUCUUAUUAAAAAUUUCGUUCUGUAGAUUAUUCUACGUACAUUCACAUUAUAGCGUCGGAGUCUUUAGCAACUACCUUUUUCAACGAAAUAUUAAUUUGUUUUAAAUUUAAGUUUAAUUUUUGUUUUUCAAUGUUUAUUUGCGUUUUCGAUAUUGUCAUUAACGUACAUACACAUUAUAACGUCGGAGUCUUUAGCAACUACCUUUUUCAACGAAAUAUUAAUUUGUUUUAAAUUUAAGCUUAAUUUUUGUUUUUCAAUGCUUAUUUGCGUUUUCGAUAUUGUCAUUAAUUCGAGUUCAAUAAAAUGUGAUUUAU